GAGUGAAUGUCACCUCGAUGCCACCGAAUCUAUGCCACCGUACAAGUACCUGUGCACCCGAAUAUGCAAGGAUUGAAUCGGUAUUUCAUACAAAUAAGAAAUUGAGUCAUAACUAAAUUAAGAUUUAAAUAUAUGAGCAUGUUAAGUUGAUUUGAACAAAACUACAAUGUAUGCAUUAUUCGGAGCGUGAAAUCCCUUUCAUUUGGAAUGUGGUUACAAUUAAUUACCGCUGGAAUGACAUAAAAUGGUUAUUUUGCUCCUUCGAUAGUUCAACAUUCAGCUCGUCAGAAGGUCAACGUUAUUUUCGUCAGUAGGUCAACAAUCAGGACAUGUUCUUCGAUUUAAGCAGAAACAGGCUAUAGUUUUGCUGGCUGGUUCCACAAUUUCAGUCACGGGUGUAAUUAUCAAAGCCAUCGAGCUCGGGAAACAAGGUACGAGAAAUCGAGCUCGUAAGGUUGUUCUACACCAAGCGGAACUUAAUGACAUAUCAGGAUAAAUUACAUAUGAAUUGUUUUGACGAAAAACUGGUGCAAUAACUCAUCAGCAAGUCAGGUCGUUGACUUCAUCAUUUGAUAUAGAUGUCAAUGUAACAAGAUACAUGGUCAUGGCAGAGUUGAAAAGUUACACUGUAAAUGGUAACCACACCAACCACGCCAAAAAUGGAAGAGUCUCUCCCUCCGAUACAAUUGAGUUAAAAAUAAAUGGCACAAAGAAUGAGCACGAUGUGUCCAGUGAUAGAGGAUCAAAAGACGAUAAAACAAAGAAAACAGAAGAAAAACAGGAACUUGUCGGAACCUUUGAAAUUUUCAAAUACUCCACAUGCCUUGAUGUUUUUCUCAUGAUCGUGGGAACCAUGGCGGCAGCGUGCCAUGGGUCAGCAUUUCCAUUGAUGAUCAUCGUGUUUGGAGCGAUGAUUGACCUCUUUGUGGGCAAUGCAAAAUAUUCCAACAGCCUGGCUAUUGUAGAUAAAUGCGGGGGGCUGUCUGCUUUCAAUCUGACAAUGGAAGGCGUGUUCUCCAAUCCUGAAAGCCUUGUGCCCUUCUAUGGCCCCAUAUUGGCCUACACACAAAAUUUGACCAACAACUGUACAGAAGCUGUGAACUUUGCCGACAUGCAGAAUGAGAUACAGAAUCAACUUCUGGACACUAUGCAGACCUUUGCUCUGUACUUUAUAGGUAUUGGCAUUGGAGUACUGGUCCUUGGUUAUCUGCAAGUUACCUGCUGGAUGUUGGCCUCUGAAAGACAGACACACCGGAUACGAAAGAGCUUCUACCAGAACAUUCUACGUCAGAACAUUGGCUGGUUUGACGUUCACGAAUCAGGAGAGCUAAAUUCUAGAAUAACAAAUGACAUCUCGAAGAUUCAGGACGGUAUCGGUGACAAGCUGGGCCAGUUCAUGCAAUGGUUCUGUGCGUUCCUGGCAGGGGUGAUUGUGGGGUUUGUUCAUGGCUGGAAACUGACACUGGUCAUCCUGUCCAUCAGCCCACUCCUUGCGCUGUGUGCGGUCAUCAUGACCAAGUUGGUAGGCAAGGCAUCAGGGGCUGAAUUGAAGGCCUAUGCCAAGGCAGGGGCCAUAGCUGAGGAGGUUUUAGGGGCCAUAAGGACCGUUCUAGCAUUUGGAGGAGAAGAGAAGGAAUGCAAGAGGUAUGCUGGAAUAUACAGAGUUGUCAACCCGGACAAGGGCGUCAGGAAGGGCUUUGUAGGCGGAGCAUCAACAGGAUUGGUCUGGAUGGUUGUGUUCUGCGCUUAUGCGCUUGGCUUCUGGUAUGGCGGCAAGCUUGUGAUAGAAGAAAGUAAAAAAUACACCAUCGGGAAUGUGAUGACUGUGUUCUUCAGCGUGAUCAUAGGAGCUUUCUCCCUGGGUAAUGCAGCACCACCUCUGCAGAGCUUUGCUGUGGCCAGAGGAGCAGCCUUUAUUGUCUACAGCCUCAUUGAGAAGGUCAAAUGAGCGGGAAUCUGGGAAA